AUGUUGGCCUCCGACUCUUUCUUGCCCUCGGGCUUUACCGAUCACGAUCCUAAUAUGCCACCCUCGGCCGUUAUCUCACCUCUAUCACUCUCACAGAUGGCGAGCUCGUCUUGUUACUUCGACACCACGUCGACGUCGAAUGUCGCAGGCGGUUCCAUCUACUCCCCACAACCAGCUGGCGCAGUGCGUCAUCACCAAGGCUUCCUUUCCCCCAACCUACUUCCCAACGGCUACAAUGGUGUUAGUCCACGCGAACCGAGAACUAUGCCAUUUUCUCCAACAAAUCUCGACCAACUCGUCGGACAGAACCCCCCAGCUGCUACAUCGACGUCCGUGAGGGCAUCUGCUAACGGAAUUCCUCAUCCACGGUCAGUCUCUGCUGAUGCAGCCUCGGCUCCUGCAUCCGCACAGAUCAUUCGGAGACUUGCCCAGCAAAAUGCGCGGAUACGGGAGGCAUGGGAGGCCGAGCGCAAGUACAUGGAGGCGAAUCGUGAGCGUGUCGAAGAGGUUUACAAGGAGGAGCGCGCCCUUAUGGAAGAAGAGCGUGUUGGUUGGGAUGCAGAAAAGAGCGACUUGCUAGACCAGAUUCGCCAGCUACGGGAGCAGGUCGCGGCGAUUGAAGGCGACAAAAUCCGCCUACAAGGAGCGCUGCAGCGCUACGAGCUAGAGAAGGCCGGCAAAGUAGCCGGCGUCACUGUUGCACUUCCAGGAACAGGAAAUCGAGGCGGUGGGGCCGAUGGCUCCACCGAACUUUCCUUUCCAGGGUUUUCCUCGCACCUUAAUGACGCGCGGUUCGGCCUUUCUAGCGGAACUGGAAAGCGGAGGCCAGCAAAUGGCUCUGCCUCAGCCUCAGUUUCGCCAUCCCAGAUCCGAUCUCAGUUUAUUAGUCCCGGCAGUUCCAGAAUCUCUCCCUCCAAACAACCAGAGUCUUCGCCAUUCAUUCCCCUCAACCCCAAUAUGCAGCCUACAACCAACGACGCCGUCGACUUUCUUGGGUCCCCCAAGGACGAGUCGCCCGUUCCUAUAGUUGAUAUUCAGAUCAUCAACCCUCAAUUGGAAGGUGUUCCACUCAGGGCUCCUGCCAUCCAGAAGAGCACCUUCACCGAUUCUGGCAAUACCCCAGAUAACUCAAAGAACUCAUCGAGGAAUCCGUCGCCUCCUGGAGAGUCUGGCAAAUCGAGACGUAGCCCGACCAAGGAGCACACUAUCCAAGUCCUUGCAGCACCUGAACCUGCCAGGCUUACCAUGCAUGCCGGUCACACUCCUAGCCAUUCUCUUUCUCACAUGGGAACUGCACCUGGCACAGAAGUCCCAACUGCUGCUGAUGGUACUGGUGGUUCUACACCUACUUUGGCUCCGACGGAUAUGAGUUCCAACCCGGCAACCCUGUGUGACGUCAGAACCAGGGGUGACUCAUCCGAUGUCAACGACGACACUUUUGGCGACGGUUUCGAGGAGCCCGAGCCGACUAUGGAAGCAACAGACGAUGUUGCCUUAAAAGGGCCUUUAAUGGUCAGGAAUAUUCCUGCUCACGAUGAGAUCUUCUUUCAACGACUAUCUGAAAAGCUCGAGGAUGUAAGCCGUGGCGAGGAUGCCGUGCCGACCUGCCUGAAAGAGUCAACCGAUGAUCUUCUAGCCGGCCCGUCAGAGCAGAAAGAAAACAGCCUCGCUCCUAAAACCGAUGCAGACGCAACCAGCGAUAUCGGUUCUGCUGCUGACAAAGAAGAGCCCGAGUCUCAGCCAAAAGUGGAGGAGGCUGACAUUCCUCUGAAGCUCAAGCAGAGCACAAACUUUGGCGCACCGUUGGGCUCCAUGUUUUAA